AUGGAACUAAACUCUGCAAGACAGAAACAGCCCAUUCGUGAACUAGAGACUUAUGAGGUGGGUUAUGAGAACGCAGGCACAGUGGAGUUCCUGGUGGACAAGCAUGGAAAACACUACUUCAUUGAGGUGAACUCCCGUCUACAGGUGGAACAUACGGUUACAGAGGAAAUCACUGAUGUGGAUUUGGUUCACGCACAGCUGCGUGUGUGUGAGGGCCGUAGUCUUCCUGAGCUGGGUCUCGAGCAGGACAAGAUCCAGAUCAAUGGCUGUGCCAUUCAGUGCCGGGUCACUACAGAAGACCCUUCCCGUGGUUUUCAACCAGACACAGGUCGCAUAGAGGUGUUUCGCAGUGGAGAGGGUAUGGGUAUUCGUCUGGACAGUGCUUCUGCAUUUCAGGGGGCCAUCAUCUCCCCUCACUAUGACUCACUGCUGGUUAAAGUCAUAGCCAGUGGCAAAGACCUCCCCACCGCCGCAACCAAAAUGCACAGAGCGCUCACUGAGUUCAGAGUUCGUGGUGUUAAGACUAAUAUCCCCUUCCUGCAGAAUGUAUUGAGCAAUAGCCAGUUCCUGUACGCCACAGUUGACACCCAGUUUAUUGAUGGGAACCAAGAACUUUUCAACCUCAAACCUACACAGAACAGAGCCCAGAAACUCCUGCACUAUCUGGGUCACACAAUGGUAAAUGGACCCAUGACUCCUAUUCCAGUGAAAGCCAAAUCUUCCCCUGUUGAUCCAGUCGUUCCUUCUGUUUCUCUGGGUGAGCCACCCAUGGGCUUCCGUGAGGUCCUGUUGAGGGAGGGUCCUGAGGUUUUUGCACGGGCAAUUCGACAGCACCAGGGUCUUCUACUGAUGGACACUACCUUCAGAGAUGCCCACCAGUCCCUGCUGGCCACUCGCGUCAGGACACACGACCUCAAGAAGAUUGCUCCAUUCGUGAGCCACAACUUCAAUAAUCUCUUCAGCCUGGAGAACUGGGGAGGAGCUACAUUUGAUGUAGCAUUGCGUUUUCGGUGGGAGUGUCCGUGGAAGAGACUUCAGGAGCUCCGAGCUCUGAUUCCCAAUGUCCCAUUUCAGAUGUUGCUACGUGGAGCCAAUGCGGUGGGAUACACAAACUAUCCUGAUAAUGCAGUUUUCAAAUUCUGCGAGGUAGCCAAAGAGAACGGAAUGGAUAUCUUCCGUGUUUUUGACUCCUUGAAUUAUAUUCCCAACAUGCUUUUGGGGAUGGAAGCAGCAGGGGCAGCGGGAGGCGUGGUGGAGGCGGCCAUUUCUUACACGGGAGACGUGUCUGAUCCCAUGAGACAGAAAUACUCACUGGAGUACUAUCUGAAGCUGGCCAAUGAGCUAGUUAAGGCUGGAACACACAUACUGGCUAUUAAGGACAUGGCUGGCCUGUUGAAGCCAGAAGCUAGCCGUUUACUGAUUGGAGCAUUGCGGGACCGUUUCCCUGACGUCCCUAUCCAUGUUCACACUCAUGAUACAGCAGGUGCGGGAGUUGCUGCAAUGUUAGCCUGUGCACAAGCAGGUGCAGAUAUAGUGGACGUAGCAGUGGACUCGAUGGCAGGCAUGACCUCUCAACCGAGCAUGGGUGCCAUCGUCGCCUGCACCAGAGGAACCAAACUUGAUACUGGUGUUUCUCUGGACAGAGUCUUUGACUACAGCGAGUACUGGGAAGUGGCUCGUGGUCUGUAUGCUCCCUUUGACUGCACCGCCACAAUGAAGUCUGGUAAUGCAGAUGUUUAUGAAAAUGAGAUCCCAGGAGGCCAGUACACCAACCUACACUUCCAGGCCCACAGCAUGGGCCUCGGUAACAAGUUCAAAGAGGUGAAGAAAGCCUACGCCGAAGCCAACAAGCUGCUGGGAGACCUUAUCAAAGUGACCCCCUCCUCUAAGAUUGUGGGUGAUCUGGCUCAGUUCAUGGUGCAGAACUCUCUCUCCCGGGCUGAGGUAGAAGAGAGAGCAGACGAGCUCUCCUUCCCUCUGUCUGUUGUGGAGUUUCUGCAAGGACACAUUGGAAUACCACACGGAGGAUUCCCUGAGCCCUUCCGGUCAAAGGUGCUCAAGGCAUUGCCUCGUAUCGAAGGUCGUCCAGGGGCUUCACUUCCACCGAUGGACUUCGAGGCUCUUGAGUCUGAUCUGCGAAUGGCACAUGGUAAUGAAAUAACUCCUGAAGAUGUGAUGUCGGCAGCCAUGUACCCUAAAGUCUUCCAGGAGUUCAAAGAGUUCACAUCAAACUUUGGCCCAGUGGACUGCCUUAACACUCGCCUGUUUCUGGAUGGCCCCAAAAUCGCAGAGGAGUUUCAGGUUGAGUUGGAGAGAGGGAAAACGUUGCACAUCAAAGCCUUGGCCUUGGGUGACUUGAACAAGUCAGGUCAGAGAGAGGUGUUUUUUGAACUGAACGGCCAGCUGCGUUCAGUCUUGGUCAAGGAUACGGCAGCAAUGAAGGAGAUGCACUUUCACCCUAAAGCCUUGAAAGACGUGCGGGGACAGGUUGGAGCUCCCAUGCCCGGUAAAGUGGUGGAAGUAAAGGUGAAGCCAGGCCAGAAGGUGGAGAAAGGUCAGCCUCUCUGCGUCCUCAGCGCCAUGAAGAUGGAGACAGUUGUCAACUCGCCAAUCUCAGGCAUCAUAUCCAAGGUGCACGUCAAUGCCGACAGCAGCCUGGAAGGGAAUGAUCUCAUCCUGGAAAUAACCGAAUAAAGUUUAAAAGCUACAGAGGUUAAAAGUUUCUUUUAUAUAAAAAAGAAAAGAAAAAAAAAAACAUUUUAAGAGCGAUCUUGUAAUUUGGUGGACUGAUGGUGUCGUAAUUAGUGAUGGUUUUGAUAUUUCUAACAUUAUGUUCAUAACUCUUCUGAGCUUUCAGAAUAAGAAUAAUUUACAGACUAAUCAUUCCAGUUUUAUAAUUUUUUUAAGUGAAUUAAUAAUAUAUUCAAAUUAACAAGAUGCAUUACGAAUCUAGAUGACAAUAACUUAAUU